GCGCGGCGUUUAAUGUACCGGUGUCGCAGUAUAGUUGGACGUACCCGCAACUCAGAAGCCACGCGUAAUCAAUUGUGAAAGUGUUCUAACGCGAUUUCUACAUAGUGAGAGUCUACCAACGAAUUACUAUCACCCUUAAAAACCUUAAGUUAGUGCACGCGGUGGGAUCGAUUUGAGAAUUAAAGAGAGCAGGGUUCAAUGGAAGCGAGGUUCGUGACUUGCCGGAGCUUCCAGCAGAUAAAGCCGCCAGAGAAGAGCCUCGCGUCACAGCCGACCGUGAAGGGGCUCUUGUCUCGCUUCGGCAGCCAGGCCCAGGCACUGUUCGCGCCGAAGAAGCCGCGCUUCGGCUCGUCGGUGGCCAUACACAAGCUUCGGGAGACCAAGUGGUUUAAGCACGAUGAACAGAAUAUCCUGUGUGCUGUGCUCGAGACUGGCUUCGUGCUGGAGGUGCGAGCGGAAGACCCAUUGCCGCCGGACUCUGCGCUCUCUCCAGACUAUCACAUGUAUGCCAUCGCAAUGUGGAAGAAGGGUAAAGAAAAAACAAAGAACCCGGAACAGAUAGAGGUGUACACUGUGCAACAGAAAGGUGUGCGCAAACGUGUUAUCAAGACCACUCUGAGUGCCUUCUGGAAGAAAGACUCCGUCAUACGAAUCAACAACGUGGACGAUAAACAGGAGACCCCAAACAGCGAAAAAGACAUAAGGGCAAAGCUUGACAUGGCCACUAAAUCCAGAUUCGAGAGGAACUGGCACAACACUCUACAUUUUGUCCAUUGGUGCCGCUAUGGGGAGACGCCUCAAGAGGCUCGCAUGAGACAGAUAAGCGAGUCGCUGAAAUGGGGCAACAUUGGCAUGAACAUGGGCGUAAUGCUCGUAAGUCAAAGCAACGCCAGGGCUAAGGCAAAGUCUGUCUGAGUGUUGCCAUCCAGCGGCAACGCCGCUGGCUCGUGCUACGCCUGCUUCUGGUCACCCCGGAACAUAGACAAUGUAUAAAUUGUUUUUUUUUUAAAUUCCAUCACCGGGUGUGAUUGAAUCGAUUAUACGGUAUCGAUUUUUUUACCGAUAGGACCGAGUUGAUAUCGAGUGACGUAUUUUAUCUGUUUCAGUUCUCAAUGUUCAUUCAAUGUUUAAUCAUUUUGCUAUAACUUGAAAUUUUUGUUGCUCUAAAAAAAUUUGAUUAAAAUCGAUUUUUAUAAUUGUUUUUAAUCGCUCGAAUACAAUUAAAACUUGGUCCUUUCGUUUCGUUAUUCUAGUACUUGAUACUGAUUUUUGCUACAUUAGAUUUCUGUAAAAUCAUGACUAAACUGCCGUAAUAUUUAAUUUUUGUACUUGAAAUGCAUUUUGUGUCUGUUUUUAAUAAUACAGUGUACCAUUUAGGUUCUAUGCUCAAUCACAGAUAAAAUUUUAACGUAGAAUUUAUCAAAAAUAAAUUUGGAUUGUAUUUUAAUUCUUAAUUUUCAAAUAGAAGCUUUAAUUUUGAUUAGACCAAAAUUUUAUGAAUACAUUCCUGAGAUUUUAAUGAUGCGAGGCGACUAAUGAUUCUGUGAAUAUCUUAUAGCUUAGUUUAUAACAUGUUAAAGUCUAUGGAAAUAAAAAUUCUAUUUAUCAUUGUUUCUGAUUAAUAAGACUGUUCUGAUUUUGUACGGGAGUGAGAUGGGACUAUGGAGAAUUCACUCGUAUUCCAGUAAUUUCUACUGGAAAGAUUUGAAUCCAGUUUUUCAUAGUCUUCGUGUGUCGAGUAUUUCUAAGUAUUGCUAAUUUAUAUAAAAUGUUGAAAACGAGUUAUUUCCGAUUGUUGUGAGAGUAUUGUACGUAUAAGAUUUCAAUGUUCUAUUUAUAUGGAAGCAUUUUUGUAUUAAUAAACUGAUUACGUAAUCGA